AUGGACUUCCUUCUGGUAGACAGCGAGUUCUUCUCACAACCGUUGCCAGCAGAAAACGCACCUGCACAGCGGUUUCCCCGCUUCCUAGGAACGCACAGCAGGGUCGUUGAUUUCCUCUGCAGACUCAACGGCGGACAGUAUCUUGUGACAUACAACGAAAACCAGAUCAGCACAUCGCGGGACCUACAGAACUCGGUCAACCAGGGCUUGUUUUCACCAGGUGUGCCAGGCCACCCAAACACGCCCGUCGGCGGAGAAGAGCCACUGGAUCGUGUCUACUACGAGAACAACUGGCCCUAUGCCCGCAGUUUCUUGUGCCGGAGGUUUGUCAAAGGCCUGGUCGACAAUCUCCAGAACCCACCGGCUGUAGGCGAUCGAGAGGAUGCGUCACUGGUCCGAUUUCAGCAAUUCCUCUUCGAGGGCGAUAAACGAAACGAUUUGGAGUUCUACUAUUCCGGGAUCGGCCCUACUUCAAACCUAUCGAUGCUUGCUGGGAGACACCGUCUUCUAGUACACUUUGGCUUUGACUGGAUUUCUCUGCACAGAAGGCCUGGCAUUGCCGCGCUGGACACCAAAUUCAAAGAGCUUUACACGCUCAAGGCCGAGAAGAAGUUCAUCGUCCGUCGCAGAACGUGCGUCGCCACCAUCCUCAGCAUGAGGUCAACAGAUAAAUUCAGGAAUGUUGACCUGUGCCCGGCGAGCUGGGCCUCUGUGGUCGACUUGUGGCACCGACGCACACUGAUACUCUUCAACGAGCUCCAUUCGGAGGCAGAUGGUCUGGGCUUCAAGGACUGGCUCGCGGACCCAGGACUUUGGACUGUCAUCGACCAGCAGAACGCGAGUCGUGACACAGAGGCCACAGCAGUGGUAUUCAUCUACAGGCUGGUGUGCCGCAUAUGGGAGCGCGUCCUUAUGGGGUGGAGGACAGUGCUUGACCAGAGCUCAGAACAUAUCAAGGUUUCAGAGACUCGCGCUCUGGACGACGAUCUCGACGUUGCUGAUCUCGAAGAGCUCGCCCGACAGACAUGGCGUGACUCGCAGGACUGGUCGACCAUGAGCCAGCUCUUGCUUGCACAAAGGAAGACGAUCGCGCACGCUCUGGGGUACCUGGAAGCUGUGUCUCGCAGUGCAAACCUAUUUCCACCUCCAGCCACUCCGACGUUGCCCUCGAACGAGAUCGUGCGCCUGGAGAGGAUCAUCAGCGAAUUCAACGAGAUGGAGCAGAUUGUGUCCCAAGAGUUUCCCAAUCGCGGGAGGAACAUCUCUGACUUUGUGUACAACAUCAUUGGCGCCCGGAAUGCCCAAGCCGCCGAAAACUAUUCCAAGGAAAUGGGCAACAUUACAUGGAUCACGUUUAUUUUCUUCCCGCUCAUCACUGUGUCGGGUCUUUUCGGAAUGAACGUCGACGUCCUGGCCGACAACCCUUCGAUCAAAUGGUACUUUGUCGUGGCGGUGCCCUUGACGCUGUUGGUUGUGGGAAUGGUUCUGUUUAUCCGGCGGCGUCGGAGGCGGUAUUAUAAUUGA